AUGCCUACCUACAUUGUCACUUGCAAGUCGGAUGCCACCCCCGACCAGGUCCAGGCGGCCAAGGAUGACGCCGUUUCCAAGGGCGGAAAGAUUGGCCACGAAUACGCCUUGAUCAAGGGCUUCUCCGUUUCAUUCCCCGAGGGCUCCGUCAGCACUCUCGAGAAGCACGAGCACGUCGAACAUGUUGAGGAGGACCAGGAGGUGAGGACGCAGUAG